AUGUCUGGUCUGAUCGAUGGGCUUCCCGACGCAGUCACCCUCCAGUGCCUGGCACGUGUGCCCUUCUGUUUCCACGCCCACCUGAAGCUCGUCUGCCGAUCAUGGAGAUCCGCCCUGACGAGCCCCGAGCUCUUCAGAGCCCGCUGUGAGUCCGGCGCCACAGAGGAGUUCCUCUGCGCUCUGGCCUUCGAGCCCGAGAACGUGUGGCAGCUCUAUGAUCCUCUCAGAGAUCAGUGGCUGACCCUCCCCACCAUGCCGACAGAGAUCAGACACCUUGCACGCUUCGGCAUGGCCUCUGUGCGCGGCAAGCUCUUUGUCCUCGGCGGCGGUAGUGACGGCGUCGACCCCUCCACCGGCGACCACGACCGCAUCUUUGCGACAAACGAGGUCUGGUCGUAUGAUCCGUUCAUCUGCCAAUGGAAGAAGCAGGCGCCGAUGCUUGUGCCGCGGGCAAUGUUCGCUUGCUGCGCAUUGGACGGCAAGAUUGUGGUCGCAGGCGGCUUCACCAAUUGCCGAAAGUCCAUCUCAAAGGCGGAGAUUUAUGAUGUCGAGAAGGACCAAUGGCAGCCGCUGCCAGAUCUCUGCCACACACGGAAUUCGGCAUGCUCCGGGCUGGUUAUCGGCGGCAAGAUGCACGUCCUGCACAAGGGCAUCUCGACGGUGCAGAUCCUUGAGGACGGCGGCUCUCGGUGGGCUGUGGAGGACUAUGGUUGGCUCCAGGGCCCCAUGGCGGUGGUUGGUGGCGAGCCCUACGUACUGAGCCACUGCGUCGUCGCAAAGCAGCAGAAUUCGGGAACGGGUGGCGGCGUGCUCGUGGUGGCACCGGCAUCGGACUUCCAGAGCCGCAUUGGGUACGGGAUGAUCGGCCUGGGAGACGAUCUGUAUGUGCUGGGCGGCGUGAUCGGGCCCGGCAGGAUGAACCAGACGAUCAAGCCCCUCUCCGAUGUUGAUGUGCUCACCAUCAGCGGCGACCGGCCGGCGUGGCGGCAGGCAGCGGCGAUGACACAGUGCCGUGGGAGUAUCCUCGGGUGCACGCUGCUGAGGGUGUAG